AUUGCACCACUUUCGAGGACGACCAAAAGAUGGAUGUGUUUUUCUUCAGAUCCAAAUAUACAUAACUUCACUAAAGAGUUUGAGGUAACUGCAAAAGCUCCAAAGAAAAUGCUGAAGAAUCGUUUGGCUAUUCUAGUGCUCUUAUUUACUUAUUACUUCUACUUGGGAGAUUUCAAUGUAUCGGCUCAACAGUUUAGACCUGGAUUUGUGUACACCAGAAACAGAGGAAGAUGCACUCCUCAGUAUUGGAGCAGCAGAAGAGAGUCAUGGCCAAAAAUGGUACCACAGACAUCGACAGUAUCUAAAAUAUUUGGAUCCAGGGCCUACGAGCGAUACAGGUAUGAUCUAACACUGCUAGAAGCUGCUGGAAGAAACGACGAUGGGGAUAAUGUAUUUGCCAGAUUAGUGAAGCAAUCAACAGCUGCAUUGUUGAAUUCAUAUGCCAGACACAAUUAUCCCUACAGUGCUUGGGAAGUAAAGACCAUGCUCAUUCAAGCUUUGGUUUCUGAAAAAUCUGCUUCUGUUUUGGCUCAACAGUUAUCUCAAGCUAAUGAAGCCUGCAACUAAUU